AUGUUAACGCCAUCUGACAUUAAUGCGAUUUUUGAUAUUUAUGAGAAAGUCGAAGAAAUUGAUAUGGAUGAAGCAAUAGAAGAUAAUAAUAUAGUAUUAGAAGAAACAUUAGAAUCAAAGAGAGUAAAAACGUAUUUACUUCCAUUAGAUGCAUAG